AUGAGUGACACUCCAUCCUGCAUCGCAACCCCCUCACGGGUCCUCCUGUUUGCUGUCUUUCAGGCCUGGGAGGAGUCAGCUGGGAUCAUCUCUUUCCCCAACAUCCAGUUUUUAGCAAGUGAAGUGUCCAAACUUCUGACCAAAGAAAUCAAGAAGACGCUAAAUGCCAAACCUGCAGAGGAUGCGCGGCUGGCCGUGAGGCAGUUGCUGUGGCCGAAAGGGGAAGAGGAAGAUGGCUGCCUGCUCCUGAGAUCCGUGUACCUACUCUCACAGGCUGACUCGGGGACGCUGUGGAACCUCAUCAAAUCCGGCCUCCCAGUUGCACUUAUGCAGUGUCUGUACCUUUUCUUCACCUUCCCUUUGGGGAAAGCCAGAGACGGAGGGACACAGGAGGAGGAGGAUCAAGUCCAGGAGAUGUUUAUUCAGACAAUGCUCAACUUGUACAGAGAGGAAGAAGGGUUAGAGGAACUUCUGACAACUGCUGAGCUUCAGUCUCUAAUUAUAGCGACAGCCUCCCGCUGGGACCAGUGCAGCCUUUCGUGGAAAGCAUCCACGGGCCGUGUGCUUCGGGCAAUUUCAAAGGCCCAGACCAAAACUGCCGUCAUCUACCUACAAGCUACAGAAUGCAUUAAGAUAGUCAUUCAGAGUCUCUCUUUGCUGGCUGACACCUUGCCGGCUUCUGACCUGUGCGAGGCCGUGAGCAUCAUCCUGUGUUUUGUGAAGGAUUCUUAUCCUAUCUCCUCAGCGUUGCUUUUGGAGUUUGAGAACAACGAUGGAUACCAGCUCCUGGUAAAAAUUUUACUCAAGUGGGAGGGGUCUCCUCACAGUGAAGGCGACUGCCAUCUCGAAGAGGUGCUCGACAUACUGACUUACCUCACGACCUGUGGGAAAACUGAACUGAAAGUUUCUGGCAACAUUACGCACCCUCAGCUACCGCACUUUGAUUUUGAGCAGACACAAUCCUCUGGAACUACGGUGAAAAAUCUCCCGCCUUUCCAGGUGCUGCAGUCCGUCUUCCAGAAAACCAGUGACCUGCACCUCUGUAGGACAAUCUUAGCGGCUCUGAAAACCCUGUGGGCCUGGGACCCAAUGAACUUCUUCCUCCUGGAAUGGACACUACAGCCCAUCUCCCAGUUCACUGACAUCAUCCCCUACAAACCACCCCCGAUUCAGGUACAGCUCUUCCAGCUGGUAGAGUCGGUGGUGCGGGAGCUGUCCUACACCCCCCAUGAAAUCCUGAAGAAGGUGGAGGGUUUGAUAAAGGAGAACUCGGUGCCACACUGCACCUUAGCCGCUUUGCGGUGCCUGCACAGCAUCGCCAAGACGGACUCGCUUUUCACGGACAUUUUCCGAGAUUCCGGGCUCUUGGGCCAGCUGCUGGCUCAGCUGAGGAAGCAAGCCAAGAUCCUGAGGAAGACAGCGGGGACCCAAGCUCCCAGUCUGGAGCAAGGCACUGAGAAAGAGUUAACCUGCGCGAUGCUGAAGAUGGUGGCCACCCUGGUGCUGGGAUCUGUGAGGAACACUGUUGUUUUAAAAGAUUAUGGGAUGGUUCCGUACAUUAAGAUAUUUCUGGAUGACGAGUGCUACCGAAGCGACACCCUCUGUAUCUUGGAGCAGCUGUCGGUCAUCAACACUGAAGAGUACAUGAGCAUAAUUAUCGGGGCCCUCUGCUCGUCCACUCAAGGGGAGCUGCACUUGAAACGGGACCUGCUAAAGUCCCUCCUGAGGACCCUGGAGAGCCCCAAGAGCCAUCCGGCUUUCCGAACCUGCAGCGGCUUCAACGGGCUCCUGUCCCUUCUCUCUGACAUGGAAGGUGCGUUACAGGCCCCGCCGGCCGGGCUGUGGGCAGCGACAGGGCCUGGCCCCAUCCUGGACCUGGUUUUGUACACGCUUCAGGGGAUAGCCGCGGCCCUGCACCGGGACCCCGUCAACAGCGACUUCUUCCAAAGGAACGGCCUCUUUGAGAAGCUGGCAGAGGAUCUCGGCGCGCUCGGCUGUUUCUGGACCCGGGAGGGGCAGCCGGAGCCCGUGCAGCUGGAGAAGGGAAGGACGUUUGCGGAGCUGGUGAGCGCAGCCGUCUGCUCGGCCAAACCUUUCCCCACAUGGCUCCGGAGCUGCCUUCGGAUUCUGGGUUUCCUGGACCGUAUGGUCAAAGGGACCCUGCAUAUGGAGACCUGCUUUGCGGAGCUAAAGCCGGCUGCGGAAGAGCCGCCGGGGGAUGUUCAGGAGGGACCCCAAGACCAGCAGGAGGAGCAACUGGAGAACAAAGCAGCUGCCUCGGACUGCCGGGCUUGGCCAGACCCUGAGGACAGGUCGGAAGCGGGAGACUGUGCCAUUGUACAUCCCGGGGCUGUCUGUGUCAUGGUGAGCCUGCUUCCAAAACUCUACAUGUCGGAACACCCUCAGCUUUCGCAGGAAAUCCAAUGCGCCGUGGCCGAUCACGUCCAGUCCUUGGUGAAGUCCGAGAAGAGCCGUCAGGUGAUGUGCACGGCCGGCUUGCUGAGCACCAUCCUGAGCUCCUGUCAGCACCCUCUGGUCCUCGACGGCCUUUUGGUCUGACUGCCUCUCAUCAGGAUUUUCGAGAAGCUCGCCUCCCAAUCCAUCGAGCCGGAUGUCCUGAGGCGGUUCCUCUGGCUCGGGCCCCCGCCACCAGCCGUGCCCAGGGCGUGCAGCAGGCCAGGACGGUCGUCCGUGCCAGACAAUCCCAAGGCUCCUCCCCCAGCCACGCAGACCACCCGUGCCCCGUGGGUGCCGAGGGGCUCCGCGAGGGCUCUCCAGACGGCGAUGAGCCUCAUCUCCAUGACGUCGCCGCGGAACUUCCAGCCGCACAACACGUCCUUGGCGCCACCCUUCGUGGAGUUCGACAUGUCCUCCGAGGGAUACGGCUGUUUGUUCCUCCCCGCGCUGUCCACGGUGAUGGGCCCCAACGUGGAACACUCCAUCUCGGGAGGGGUCGGCGUGGGUACCAGGCUGUUCCCCCCCUCGGGCGGCCUGACACUCUCCUCCUGGUUCCUGGUGAGCAAGUUCUGUUCCGCCCGCGACGCCCACCCCCUGCGCUUCCUCACCGUGGUGCGCCACAUGUCGCGGAUGGAGCAGGAGUGUGGCUGCCUGGCCGUCAGCCUCUCCCCCGUGGACCGCUCCUUGGUCAUCUCCACAGAGGAAGUGGAGUUCCAGCCGCUGGACGUCAUGGAGCCUGAAGCGGAGGUCCCGAAUCACUCCUCGGCCCCCAGUCAUGUCGAGUUCAGCUGCAGCAAGCUGGUAGCCACCGGGCAGUGGCAUCACCUCACGGUGACGGUCGCUAAGGAAGCGAAAAGGAACUGCCUGGUUUCGGCGUACAUCAACGGAGAGAUACUUGGCUCUGCUAAGAUGCAGUACAUACAGCCCUUGCCCGGGAGCUGUGUUUCCAUGGACCCCUCCUCCUUUGUCGACGUCUACGGCUACAUCGCUACCCCCCGCCUCUGGAAACAGGAGUCCGCCUUGGCCUGGCGCCUCGGCCCCACGUACUUGUUUGAAGAGCCACUCUCCCUGCAAACCGUGGAGGUUAUUAACAAGCUUGGGCCCCGGUACUUCAGCAACUUCCAGGCAGUGCGGCUUCCAGCUAAUGGCCACUCCAAAGCGCUGCAGCCCACACCGUUGGUUGCAGAGGAGAGAAUUUCGUUUGGGAUCAACGCCACAUGCUCCAUUACCACCACCGUCCAAGCCAUAAAGAGCGGCUAUAAUGAAGUGGACGGUCGGCAUAUCGCCAAAGAGAUGGGGAUCAUUUCCCGUGACAGCUCAACACCAGUUUUCCUGGCUCGCAAUAUUGCCGGACACCUCGCGGGGCCCUUACGCACCAUUGGCGCGGUGGCUGUGGGCCAGUUUGUUACCUGUGGCACAUGGAAUGGGCUUUGCUCUCCGACUGGACUGCUGAUGCUUUCCGUCCUGGCGUACCUCCUAAAGAGGAAGACAAAACUGUUAAACAACAGGAUUUUACAGCUGGUGCUUUCGGUAGCAGGCACGGCAGAGCUGGGUGUGGAGUCCUCGACGAUAAAGAACUACGAUGCCUUCCGAUACGUCCUCUGUAACUUUGAGCUUUGGUCAAAUGCACCGGAAAAUCUGGACCUCACCCUCUUCUCACAUCUGGUGGAGAUCCUGCAGCCCUCGAGAGACAGAUGUCAGAACGCCAAAGUCGCCUACCAGAUGCAAAUGGUGCCCAAGCUGGUUUUCCUCUUCAACGACACGGAGAUCAGCCGCUCGCGAGUCACCGUGAUCUGUACCAUCUUCUCCCACCAGCUGCAGGGCUACUUCAACACCAGAGACGUUCUCAGGAUUGGAUUGUUCCUGGUGUACACUCUGAAGCCCUCUUCUGUGGACGAAAGUCAGAUUUGCCCAGAUGGCAUCACCGAUACGCCAGGAGAAGCCUUAAGCCAAACAUCUGGGAAGACAAUCUGGCUCCGAAAUCAGUUACUGAAGAUGCUGUUAGAUGUAAUGUGUUCCGACAAACUUCAUCUGUCCUCUGAGGCUCAAGAGGAGACGUUCCUGGCGCUGGGGCCUGACUGGUUCCUGCUGUUCACCCAAAGCCAUCUGCACCCCAGCACCGUCGUGCUGGGGGUUAAGCUGCUGCUGCACUUCCUCCACAAUCCCCCGCUGCUGAGCAAAUUCAAGGAGGGGGUGGUGGCCGGGCGCUGGGUGGAAAACAGCUCCACAGGCCUGGAUCUUCUAAUGGGCAAUUUGAAAAGCGGGCCCUCCCCACCUGACUAUGGCCCCUACCUGGUUUUCGGGCUCACGGUGCUGAAAGCGUGUCUGGCCAGUCACAUUCACCUCCCCGAAAUCUACCUGCUGGUCUCUGGGCUGUUCCUAGGAGCCCCCCACUGUGACCCACCGGAAGCCGUCAAGCCCUUCGCAGGUCCAGAGGGCUCCUGGGAGGCGGCCUAUCCGGGCAACGUCAUGCAGUUCCUGUGUCUGAUCUACCACAGCUACCCCCAGGACCCGGUGUGGUGCUGCUCCGACUUCCUGCAGGCCCUGGCCAGCGUCGCGGGCAGUGACGACGUUUCGCCCCUCAACGGUCCAGCUGCCAUUGAAGCAAACAGCUGCCUGGACCCCCCGGCUGCUCCACUCCCCCUGCACCCUGCCAAGAAGCAAGUGUGGGAUUUCCUGCGCAUCCUGCUGAUGGAGAGUCUGCUCAGCAUGCCGGUGCACAAACAGGGGCACCCCUUCGAGCUGCUUCUCGAGGCUUCUGCAGAAAACUCCACCACCGAGCAGAAGAGACGCUUCCAGACAGAAGUCUUGCUUGCUAUUAUGGAUCUCUUCCAUGUGAUCAGCCAAAGGGAUGGGAAACCCGGCGCCUCCAGGCCGAGAGGAAGCAGUGACCCUCGGGGGGCGGCGGAAGUGGCCGUGCCCACGCCGGUGGCGAAUGUUGCCUAUUUCACGCAGAAGCUGGUCGAGCAGCUUUACAGUGGAAUGUUUGCUGCGGAGCCGAAGCAAAUCCUGCUCUUUGUGGCAGAGCAGAUCGGGUUGGUCCUGGAGAACCCCUUUCCCCAAAAGGACACUGUCAUCAGCACCCUGUACAGCAGUUUAAACCGCGCCAUCCUGUAUUGCCUCUCCAAGCCACAGCAGUCCCUGCCAGAACAGCGGAGUCUCCUGAACAGCCUCCGUGUCCUCCAGGAGCAAUGGGACAUCAUCUUCGCAACGUACAACUCCAACAUGAGCUUCACCAUCUGCCUCCUGCACUGUCUGUGUCAGCUGAGCUCUGGGAGCUACCCGGAGGGGUUUGGAGUGGAUGCAAAACCGCGCCUGGCGUCCUAUCGCCAGAUUUUCCUGGCCCACAGCGAAGAGGAGACAGGGAGAGAGGACAGUCUCCCUGCUCCCAGCGACGUUCAGCAAGAGAUUCUGAAAACUGUCGACGUCACCUGGAGGCAGCUGGUUUCCCAGAGGCGGCAGGCCCUGGAGGACACCUACAAGAUGGACCUCUCCGUGAAGCCUGGAGACCGAGAGCUGAAGAUCGCGGAGAUCACGCCGCUGUGGGAAGAGACGAUGACCAAGGCUUGGCAGCACUUCAUAGCGUCUGAGAAAAAGGCUCUCCACAGUAAAACGUCACCCGCCCAGUCCCAGAGCAAGCACAGUUCCUGGAGCGAAAGCUUGUCUUCGGCGAUGAGGCUGACGCCUGGCAGGAAUAUAAAAGAAGCAGUGUGCAAAUCUGAGGGCUUUGUGUCGUGUAUGGAAAAGUACCGAAGGAGUGGGCAGGAGCUGUAUGCAUCGUUGUACAAAGAUCACGUGCAGAUGCUGCAGUGUGGCUACAGCAAAGCGGCGAAAGACUGGGCCAGGCUGGAGGAGCAGCUGUUCACCAGGGGGGGCCCGUGGGGAGCCGGACUGGGGCGGUCAGCCCCACGCUGGGUGCUCGAUGGGUACGAAGGGCCGGCCCGCAUGCGGAAGAGGAUUCGGUGCGAGCGGGCCCACGGGGCAGUGAUGCGAAUGAGGAGCGAGGAUCACUCAGCAAACAGGCAUGGAUCUACCCCCAUUCAAGAGGAAAAUCAAGAAGAACUGAUGCUAAAUGGAGCAGAAAGGGCGAUGGAUUGUAACCAGCUGACAUUCUUCCCUGCCCUCCAUGAAAGUUUCCACUCAGAAGACUUCUUGGAGCUGUGUGUGGAAAGACAAAUGAUCCUGCAGGAGUUUGUUGAGAGUGAAAAGGUUACGUGCAGGUCCUCGGUGGUGCUGGUGCAAGGGCACCUAGCAGCAGAAGGGGUGCUCCUCUUUGGCAAAGAGCACUUCUACCUCGGCGAGCACUUCGUCCUGUCCCAGGUGGACGAGGUUUAUUGCACCAAGCACUGCUUGUCCAGCAUCACCGAUCCGUUUAUUUUCAACAUGUGCCACAAAGACCCGGGCAUGGGAGAUCAGGCGUGUGCCCGGUAUGCCUACCGUGACAUUAAGGAAAUACACCCGAUGCGCUUCCUCCUACAGGAGAUCGCCUUGGAAAUAUUCUUCAAAAACGGCUACUCCAAAUUUCUCGUCUUCCACAACAGCGACAGGAACAAAGCCUUGAAGAGAUUUUGUUCUUUGCAACCUGUUUUGAAGGCAAAAGGAAUAACGGAGGAGUCUCUGAAUAUAAGGAAGAACACAGGCGGGGAAAAGACGAUGCUCCAGAAGUGGCAGAGGAGAGAAAUCAGUAACUUCGACUACCUGAUGUACCUGAACACGCUGGCCGGGCGCACCUACAACGACUACAUGCAGUACCCCGUCUUCCCCUGGGUCCUGGCCGACUACCACUCCCAGGCGCUGAACCUGGCGAGCCCCCGGACCUUCCGCGACCUUUCCAAGCCCAUGGGAGCGCAGACCCUGGAAAGGAAACGCAAGUUCGUCCAGCGCUACCACGAGGUGGAGAAGAGCGAAGGAGACCCGUCGGCCCAGUGUCACUACUGCACCCACUACUCCUCCGCCAUCAUCGUGACGUCGUACUUGGUCCGGAUGGAGCCGUUCACCCAGACCUUCUGCACACUUCAGGGGGGAAGCUUCGACGUAGCCGACCGGAUGUUCCACAGCGUGAAGAACGCCUGGGACUCAGCGUCGCGAGACAACAUGAGCGACGUCCGCGAGCUCAUCCCCGAGUUCUUCUACUUGCCCGAAUUCCUAACCAACUGCAAUCACUUUGAGUUUGGCAGCAUGCAGGAUGGCACGGUGCUGGGGGAUGUGCAGCUGCCCCCCUGGGCGGACGGAGACCCCUAUAAAUUUAUCGGCUUGCACAGACAGGCGCUGGAAAGUGACUACGUGAGUGCCCAUCUCCAUCACUGGAUCGAUCUCAUUUUUGGCCACAAGCAGCACGGCUCAGCCGCCGUGGAGGCCGUGAACACCUUUCACCCCUACUUCUACGGAGACAAGGUGGACCUCAACAGCACCAGCGACCCUCUGAUCAAAAGUACCAUCCUAGGCUUUGUCAGCAACUUCGGGCAGAUACCGAAACAGGUACCGUCCCCUGUUGGUCCUCCUGCGUCCCUUCGCUUCAUUGCUUUAAUUGCAGGAGCUGGAGAGGAGGCCGGGUGGAAAGGAGAACGUGACUCAUGGAGACUUGGCUGUUCUCCUGGCCCCCAAAACGACUGCCCGUGUUUCUACCCUCUGCAGAACGCAGUGACGCUCGAGUGCAUGGCAGACUGGGGCAAGUGCCUCUGUGCGGCGUGCCCCACGCCAACGACCGUCAUUACCUCCGGAACGAGCGCCGUCGUGUGUGUCUGGGAGCUUUCGCUGGCUAAGGACCAAGUGCAGUGCCUCAGCUUGAGACAGGCUUUGUACGGACACACUCAGGAUGUGACCUGCCUGGCUGCAUCCGUGACCUACAGCAUCAUUGUGAGCGGCUCCAUGGACAGAACCUGCAUCGUAUGGGACCUAAACCAGCUGACGCACAUCACCUGUCUCUCAGCCCACGGGGCCGGUCUCUCUGCUGUGGCCAUCAACGAGUCAACGGGCGACAUUGCUUCUUGUGCGGGACCCUGUUUACAUUUGUGGACCGUCAACGGCCAGCCACUGGCCCGGAUUGACCCCACCUGCGGCUUGGAGGGAGCCAUCAUUUGCUGCUGCUUCGCGGAAGGAAUGCAGUGGGACCUGCGUGGCGUCGUCAUCACGGGGGGCACAGACGGGAUGGUGAGGGUAUGGAAGACAGACUAUGCCAAAGGCUCAGGCCAGGAUGUUGGAUCAAGGUCACCAAAAGCUGCAAGAGAAGACCUGGAUGACCAAGGUAACGAGUUGGGGCAGCAGCUGCUGCUCUGCCGGGAGCUGAACCUCGGCCUCGCCUUGACUGGGAAACCGGCUAAGAACAAUCCCGCAGUGACGGCUCUUGCGGUAGCCAGAAAUUCUUCCAGGCUCCUGGUUGGCGACGAGAGGGGCCGGAUCUACAGCUGGGCCGUGGAAGGGUAGGAAGAAACAAGGAACUCUGUCCCCGGCCCUGCCUGGUGUCUGUGGAUGGAAAGAAAAUUGCCCUGCAGUGUCUACAAGAUUCGGAAGGCGGAGUGGAAUGCACGGGCAGGGGGUGACCACGUGGAGAGGGAGACAAGCCCCCCAGGUCCUCCCCCAUCCGGCCAAGCCCCUUCCCUUCUAGCCCACCGGAGCUCAGCCUCGCACCCUUCUGGCUGUUGCUAGCCCCUGUCCUGCCCCCGCCAAUGUGGUCGCUGGCACUUUACCAGGCCCCAGGGUAGCGUCCCAGCCUGGAAUAGCGCGGCGCCAACCUUCCUCCGCUCUUGCCUUUGACACCCGCCACCCGUGGUGCAGUGAAACAAAUCGGAAAAGGCUGUAGGGUCAGUUUGGGAGCAGAUGAAGCAUCUGGCAUCCUCUGCCACAGCUCUUAAGAGUAAUCAGGUACGAGAGUCCAGAUCCUCCUUACUGAAAUCGCCCAUGAGAAUCCCGGCCCUGGUGCACUGCAGCGCGUGUGCUCUAUCGGCCACCUCUCCCUGACGAGACCAGGUCUCCCAUCCUGCUGCCGGGGAAAGCAACGGGAAUUGUACCCCGCUGCAAUGGGACCCGCUCCGGAGUCUGGGCCGCUGUACAGAACGCAGCAGGUGACUGCGGUUGACGUGUGUUUAAAACUGAUCCUCCUCGGCCCCUGCAUUUGAACAGCACGUGAACUGCCCCUGUACAAAGCGAGUUUUGCACUAAAUAAAGUCCAGCUGUUUGUGUGUUAACGUGGCUCCGGAGCCCUGCAGCUGGGAUGCGGGAUGCUCUUCACACUGGAACGUCUCAGAGGGGGCAUCGUGUGAGUCUGCCUCUGCUAAAACCACAGGGCGUCCGGUGGCACCUUUGAGCCUGGCAGAUGUAUUCGGGCAUAUGCUUGGGUGGGUAAAACCCCCCUCCUGACUCCAAUGGCGUUAACACGGGAACCCAGCGGUGCGCUGCGAAACAGUCUUGCUUGUGGGUGGGUAUUAGGGUUUCCAGGGGACAAGCUGAUCCGGGUGCAAUCAAGAUGUUAGUGGUGCGUGGGGGUGUCAGUCCAUAUAGCAGGGGUGGGGGGACACGGCCCAGGGGUGGGGACACACGGCCCAGGGCCGGUUCCGCCUAGGGAUGUAAGCGGCUAGUCGACUAUCUGAUUAGCAAAU